AUGGAGGCGGCCGGGUACCGCUCUCGCGCCGUGGCUGAAGUCGACCGCCGCAGCGAAUGGCUUCAUGGGGAUGACUUCGACACGCUCAUCGUCGACGUCUCAGGAUUCACCAGGGACCAGCUCAAGGUCCAGGUGGAGCCGUCGGGGAGCCUCAAGAUCAGCGGCGAGCGCGCCCUCAACGGAGGCCGGCAGUGGUGCCACUUCCUGAAGCGGUUCGACCUCUCCGGCGUCUUUGACGCCGCGGCGAUCAAGGUCCAGCUCGACAAGGGAGUCCUCUACAUCCAGGUGCCCCGUUCCACCGACGACAGCCAAGAGGACGCGCCGCGAGAAGAGGAGGACACCGGCCUGUCCUGGAGCGGCGGCCACACGGCGGCGUGGCGGGCCGUUGAGCAGCGGGCGUGGCGUCUGGCCACGAGCCUGGGCAAGCACCGAUACGUCGUCCUGAACGUCGUGCUCGCCGUCGUGCUCCUCUGGCUCGUCGCGUUCGCCAACAGCAAGCAGAGCGGUGGCCUGAUCAAGAACGAAUGAGGCAAGCGACACAAAUGCACGCACAGCAGGACACUCGUACAACACAACAGAUCCAUGUAAUCAUUUAGUAGGCCAGAGGAUCCGCUUCCAUAUACAUGCUGCGAGAAGUGCAUGGAUGAAUCCGGAUACAUAUGAACCCAUUUUGAAAAACACAUUUCUAAAUGCUAAAAAAAUCUAAAAA